AUGUUUCGCAACAAUAAUGCUGUCAGAGUCAAGCCGCGCGAUCGUGAAUGCGCGCAUUCAUCCGGCCCGAUAAUCCAACUUGAAAGAAGCACGUACGUAACGAACAAACGUUUCCGGAAUACCUGUUACCUAGGGCGCUGGAAAAAAUAUGGGAAACCCCAUCCUUGGAGAACGAGUAAGGGAGGCAGCGGCGUCGGAGGAGGGGAGGGGGUGGGGGUGGAAAGGAGGAGGGGGAGGGAUGGAGGUCGGUUUACCCCACGUAGAAGGCGCGCACGGAUUGGCGUGUCCACGUGUGUGUGUGUGUGUGUGUGUGUGUGUGUGUAUGCUUGCGUGUGUGUGUGUGUGUGUACGCGGCGCUCACACGAAUGCGGGCGCGUACUCGCAUGCGAGCGAGCGCAAGGGUUGAAUUUUAAUUAUUUUCUCUUUGGUAGGUAUAAUAUUUCAAUGCUCGGCGGAGCCUGGCCGACCGGGCUCGCCUCUCGCCGCCAUCUCUGUCAAGUAAUGUUAUUAUAAUUAUACGCGUGUGCGCUUGGUCGGUCAUUUCUUGUGCCCGUCCAUCCCCCGGCCAACCCCCGUCGCUCCACACACGGCGCAUCCUCUGUCCGUCUUUCUCCUCUUUCUCGCCGUCUCCGCCUCGCCAC